AUGUCGGAUGAGUCGUCACCGGAUGCCAGUAAUACUGGUAGUAAAUCAACUACUAAUCAAACAACCGAAAAGUCCAACGUAAAUAACAAUAUAGUAACUUCGCCAUCUAAUAAAAUCAAAGAAAAUUCAUUAUAUUCUGAUCCAACUCAGAAAUGUUAUAUUGGAACGGGCAAUAAUUCAGAACUAAUCGAAAGUAUAUUGCUCAAUCUUGGAUAUGAACGUUUGGUCGAAAAAACGGAUGAUUACAAGUUCAAAUGGGUACAAUGCAAUCAGAAUGUUAAUUGGAAUGCAUUUAAAGAUGGAGAACAAAUAGUCAAUCAUAUACAAGGCGAAGAUUACUUUACAACAAAAUUACAAUUAUGGCAAUCAUUACAAACCUACGAGAAAAUAACAUUGACAAUGCAAAAACGUCCAAAAGAAUUUUUAUCUUUGAGUGAUUUUGUACCAGAAACAUUUAAAUUAGACGAAAAAAAUGAUAGAGAUGCAUUUUUUAGUAUACACAAACCCGGUGAUGUGUGGAUAUGCAAACCGAGCGGUCUGAAUCAAGGGAUUUAUCUGGUACGAGAUAUUGAAUCAUUGAAGAAGAAAUUCGCCGAAAUUGAUGCACUUGAUAAGAAAAAACAAGUUUCGGUUAAACCUAUGAAACGUGUUAUUCAAAGAUAUAUCAUAAAUCCGUUAUUAAUUCAUGGGAAAAAAUUUGACAUUCGAUGUUAUAUGUUAAUUGCCAGUGUUAAACCACUCAUUGUUCUCUAUCAUUCGGGUUAUGUGAGGUUAUCGAUGUUCGAUUUCGAUCCAAAUGAUGGAAAUCUUCUUACUCAUUUGACAAAUCAGUAUAUGCAAAAGAAAGAUCCGAAAUAUUAUGAUUUGAAAGAAGAGACAGCAAUGACAAUGGAGCAGUUUAAUGACUAUAUCAAUAAAAAUGUGUUGAAAAAUAAGCCUGAAUUCGAACAGGACUGGGUAUUGAAUGUACUACCCAAAAUUAUUCAUCGUAUCAUGUUAAAUUUGAUUGAAGCAAUUCGGAUGCGUUUAAAACGUCGCAUAGGAUGUUUUGGUUUGUAUGGUUACGAUUUUAUGAUUGAUCAAGACAUGAAAGUGUGGCUCAUUGAAGUAAAUGUAAAUCCAGCUUUAACAACAAAUACAAAUACUUUGGUAGAAGCCAUACCACCAGUUGUUGAAGAAAGUAUAAUGUUAGCAAUAGAAUGUUUUGAAAAAAUUCGUCAUAAUCAGCGUAUAUUUCCUCUAAAAAACAUCAAAUCUUUCAAAUGCAUCUAUAACGAAAUGGAACGUAAAGGUUCCUUGCCUUUCAUUGAGCAACGUCGUGCGAAAAGUAGUUCACCCAAUACUCGAAAACUCCCUGCAACCGUGGUAAACAAUCCAAAUAAUAAUUCUCCUGUGUCAACUCAAGCUCCUUCUCCACCACGAAAUCAUUCGCCACCAUCACCAAAAAUUGUUCGCGGCACAACGGAAAAAGAGCCGUUAAGUCCUCCAGUUACGAACACUGUUCAACGCACAAUAUUUCCAAAUCAAUUUCGUCAAUUUCAAGAGCGUAUUCGUCGUUCUCGAUUACAAGAAUCAACAAAAACAUAUAGCGAUGUAAAUAUGACUGUCGUAUCACCCGCCAACUCGGCUAGUUUAACAGGAGCUGGCACAUCGAGUAUAAACACUAAUAGUACAAAUAAUACUAUCUCGCAAUCUCAAAGUAUUACGAGUACUAAUACUUUGAAUAACAUAAAUGAAAAGACUAUCAUGCGUUAUCAAACAAUUACACGUUACCGACCAAAUUUUGAAAUUUUAAAGCCAGCAACGGUCAUUGCUGAAGAAUGGAAAAAUUUAGAUUCAUCGACAAAAGAACGUCUAAUGGCAUCGGCCCAUGCACCAACAACAAGUCCCAUGCACGGACCAAAAGCACUCGUUCUCAUUUCAAAAUCAAAACUGGCAAGUGUCACAAGCUAG